AUGAUGGAAGAACAAGGAGUCUUUGUAAGAGAUCAAUUAGUUAAUGAUAUCAAAUCUAUCAAGAAAACACUUAAAAGUUGGACUUAAGUGUUUACAUAAAUCAUGGAAUUACAAGUCUAGAAUUCUAAACAAUAAAAUCAAAAUGUAUCAUCUUACUAAUGUUACAUAGACUAUUCUCAUUCAACAGAUAUUGUAAUACUUCUCCAAGCCAAACAAAAAACCUCAAUAAAUGCCCAUUUCUCCAAUUCGAAGAAUGGGACAUAAAACUGAGCCAGAUGAUUUCUUUAUCAGAAAAUCAGAAGAUACAGAGAUAUACAACAAUGAAAACCUUCAAAAUGAACUAAAUAAUCCUAAAAAGGUUAAAUGAUUCAUAUUUUAGAUAUCCAUACUUAAUUAUUAAGGAACUCCUUUUGAUAGUGCUUACGAAAGCAUUAAUAGAGAAAUGCAUUAAUAUUAUGAGCCAGAAAAUUAAGUCACAGAAUAAUCUGCAGAAGUGUUUAAGAAUUUCAACAAAAAUGGUUAGUAGGCUGUUAAAGCUUCUAUUCAUAUGGAAGGUUACACACUUUCUCAAAGCACAAAAAAUAACACUGAAAGAAAGCAAUUCGCUUAGCCAUGCACUCUUUCAUCAAAAUAGUUGUAAAUGUAAGAAUCUAAAGAAAAUAUGAAAAUUUCUAAAUAACUUGAAAUGAAAAAAAUUAAAAUUAAAGAACAAAGACUAUCAACUGUUGUUGAAGAACCCUCUAACUUUUUGAAUAGUUAGUAAGCUACUAAAUGUAUUCUCUUAUUUUAUUUUAGAGGUUCUUCUUAGUGUUGGAGGAUCUUAAAAUAUAGUUCAAUCCUGUUAAAAUAAAAAUUCCAUUUCAGGAUUUGAAUUUUAAAUCCCCUUACAAUCAUCUAUUUCAAAAACACCAAAUAACAAUAUUAAACCCUAAAAUUAUUUUGCAGAUAAUACCAGAUCAGGCUCUAAGUCACUGUAUUAAAAUAACAUUCCUUAGAAUAUUCAAUUUAUCAAUAAUUCCAAUAAUAAAUAAAAUCCGAUUAAAUAUGAAUAUCUUAGUUCAGUAUCGAUAUUUAUUUAAAUUUUAUUAGAGAGCUAAAAGUUUUAGUGAUUAAAAUAGUAAAAGACAACCGAGUAAAAAAUGUUUAGAUUUAGAAUUCAUUGAUAAAUAAUAUGAAAAUAGUUAAGAAAUUUUGAGAAAAACAAACACUAUGCGUAAAACAUGA